CACGCAAACUACUUCAAAGAAUCAUGCCUUCCCCUUAUCCCCGGCAUUUUUCGUUUAUGCUUUUCAUUGUAUAUUUCAAAUGCAUCUGUCUCUUCAUGGAAUCAGCCACUUCCACUAUUGUUACAGACAAGGAAGCCUUGCUCUCGUUCAAGUCACAAAUAAGUUCUUCGGAGUUUCCAAAUCCUCUUUCACAAUGGGAGCAAAACUUAUCUCCAUGUAACUGGACUGGAGUUCUCUGCAACAAACUCAAUACCAGAGUGAUUGCACUCAACAUCUCUGGCUUUAAUCUUGCAGGGUCUAUAAGCCCUCACAUUGGGAAUCUUUCAUUCCUUCGUUCCCUUGAACUUCAAGGCAACCGACUAUCAGGUGCACUUCCUGACCAACUUGGUAAUCUUUUUCGUUUGAGAGUUCUAAAUUUGAGCUCCAACAGCUUAGAUGGUGUGAUACCAUCGAAUAUAAGCAAAUUAACGGAGCUCAGAAUUCUUGACUUGAUGACAAAUAAGAUUACAGGAGUUGUUCCCAAAGAUCUUGACCAGCUUGCCAACCUCCAAGUUUUAAACUUGGGACGAAACCUUCUCACGGGUACAAUUCCACUUUCUAUAGCAAAUCUUUCGUUACUCGACAGUUUGAAUUUGGGCACCAAUGAUCUCACUGGAACGAUACCAACCGACUUGAGUCGUCUUCGAAACCUAAAGGUACUUGACCUCACUAUUAACCAUCUAACAGGAACUGUACCUUCUUCCAUCUACAACAUGUCUUCCCUAGGUUAUUUGGCCCUAGCUGCAAACCAACUUUGGGGUAGACUUCCCUAUGAUGUUGGGGAUAAUCUCCCUAAUCUUUGGGGUUUCAACUUUUGCUUCAAUAAAUUCACAGGUAGAAUUCCAGGCUCUUUGCACAACCUCACCAAUAUAAAAAUCAUACGCAUGGCAUCCAACCUUCUUGAAGGAACAGUGCCACCUGGUUUGGGAAAUCUUCCAUUUCUAGAAAUGUAUAAUAUUGGGUUUAAUAAGAUUGUUAGCACAGCCGACGAUGGUCUUGGGUUCAUCACUUCUUUGACAAAUAGUUCUCGUCUAAAAUUUCUUGCUUUUGAUGGCAAUCUUUUGGAGGGUGUAAUUCCAGAAUCCAUCGGCAAUCUUUCCAAGGGGCUCUUAAAAUUGUACAUGGGGGGCAAUCGUAUUUCUGGCAACAUACCACCCUCAAUUGCCCAACUUAGUGGCUUGACUCUGCUUAAUUUGAGUUACAAUUCCAUCUCUGGCGAAAUCCCACCUGAGAUUGGUAAACUGGAAAAACUGCAAAUGUUGGGUUUGGCUGGAAAUCAGAUAUCUGGUAGCAUUCCAAGCUACCUUGGUGAUCUUCGACAGUUAAACCAAAUCGAUUUAUCAGGAAAUCAACUGGUGGGUCAAAUACCUUCUACUUUUCAGAACUUUCAGCAGUUGCUUUCCAUGGAUUUGUCCAACAAUAGGCUCAAUGGAAGCAUACCCAAAGAAAUUCUCAAUCUCCCUAGUUUGAGCACUCUCUUGAACCUUUCUAGGAAUUCUCUAAACGGACCUUUUCCUCAAGAGAUUGGGCUAAAAAGUGUUGUUGCAGUUGACGUGUCCAUAAACCGUUUGUCCGGCAGUAUUCCCAGCUCAAUUAAAAAUUGUAAGAGCCUGGAGAAAUUAUUCAUGGCUGAGAAUAUGCUAUCAGGCCCAAUUCCAGGAGAGAUUGGGGAAAUGAAAGGCUUGGAAACGUUGGAUCUCUCAUCCAACCAACUUUCUGGCUUCAUUCCUUCGGAUCUUCAAAAUCUACAGCUUCAGUCGUUGAACCUCUCUUUCAAUGACUUGGAAGGAACAUUGCCGAGUGGUGGCAUUUUCAAAAAUCUUUCUAGGGUCCAUUUGGAAGGGAACCCAAAGCUUUGCUUGCCCUUGGCUUGUAAGAACACACGUGGCCAUGGAAGAUUAGUUAAAGUUUAUGUUACUAUAACUGUAAUUGCAGCUUUUGCACUGUGUUUCAUAAUUGCCUCGUUGUUCUAUGUAAAAAAGGGCAAAGCAAAAAUGACGACUUUUGAAACGCUCAAGAGGCAGCAUCAGUUGAUCUCUUACGGUGAGAUCCGCAGGGCAACUUCGAAUUUCAACCCAGAAAAUUUGAUUGGAAAUGGGAGCUUUGGUUCAGUUUAUAAAGCUUAUCUUAAAGGCGUUCUUGUUGCAAUCAAGGUCCUUGAUAUAGGGAGGACUGGAUCUUGGAAGAGCUUUCUAGCAGAAUGUGAAGCUCUGAGAAACGUGAGGCACCGCAAUCUUGUCAAACUAAUCACGUCAUGCUCGAGUAUGGACUUUCAGAAUGUGGAAUUCCUGGCCCUGGUGUAUGAGUUCCUUGCCAACGGAAGCGUCGAAGACUGGCUCAAGGGAAAGAGAAGGAAUGCAGAUGGAUAUGGGUUAAAUGUUAUGGAAAGAUUGAAUGUGGCCAUUGAUGUUGCUUCUGCAUUAGAUUAUCUGCAUAAUGACUGUGAAGUUCCAGUGGUGCAUUGUGAUUUGAAGCCAAGCAACAUUCUUUUGGAUGAAGACAUGACUGCCAAGGUAGGAGAUUUCGGGUUGGCAAGGUUGCUGAUGGAGAAAUCAGGCAGUCAACCCUCCAUUAGCUCCACGAAUGCCCUAAAGGGUUCUAUAGGUUACGUACCUCCAGAAUAUGGGCUUGGGGAGAAGCCGUCAACAGCAGGAGAUGUUUACAGCUUUGGAGUGAUGUUGCUAGAGUUAUUUACCGGAAAGAGUCCAACCCACGAGAGCUUUGUGGGAGAACUAAAUCUAAUUAAAUGGGUACAAUCGGCUUUUCCCUACAACGUGCAGCAAUUUCUGGAUCCUGAACUGCUACUACUGGUGCAGAAUUUGCAGUGUGAUAGACAACCCAUAAACCCAGAGAUAGAAUAUGAUUGCUUGACCACAAUAAUUGGAGUUGGACUAACUUGCACCUCGGUUUCUCCUGAUGGACGGGUCAGCAUGAGGGAUGCCCUUCGCAAGCUCAAAACAGUAAAAGACACUCUCAACAACCGCUGACCUCCCACGAAAACAAAACACAUGGAUCAUGAACUAUAUUGUUUUGUAUGGUCAUAAAUUUUACCAUAAAGAGAUGGUAAAACCAAACUUUAAUAUAUAAUACUAGUAAUAAGCUUUAAGUUGGUAAGGUUGAGCAUUUGAUGUGAAAUCCCGACUCCAUCCUGGUGCUGCCAUUGUAGCUUGUAACUUUAUGUUUUCGUUAGUGAAGCCGCUUCUGCAUUAAGAUUGUAAAAUAAUAAUAGUGUUGCUUGAUUGUGUUUAAUUUGUCUUGGUUUAUUUCCAAAUUCUUAUGAGGCAUACGAA